AUGGCUUGUGGAGAGAUAAUCGAGGUGAAUGAGGAGGAGAAGUUUGGGAUUGAAGAAGAUGAUGUGAAGGAUCUCAUCAACUCUAUCUUUGAAAAUGUUAUGAUUGGAUCAACUCCGACACUUCUGGAGCCUCUUGAUCACCUUAUCGAGUGUUUCAAAUUAAAUGGACCUCCUGGACUGGCCUACUCGGAAUUCUCCAAAUUCCAAUACUUCAUGGAAAAAAUGAGUCAAGCACUUCACGAAAAGCAUGUGAUUCCUGAUAUGAUACCAGCUAUCGGAUAUGGUAUAGCCGAGAAACUUGAAGCUGGAGGACUUCGUGUGCUGGAUGUCGGGUGUGGAAAUGGAUUUCACUCAUCAUUACUUGCUGAAAAAUACCCGACGACCCAAUUUGUUGGAUUGGAUAUUGGAAGUGAUGCCAUCCAGAAAGCCAAGGAACGCAAAACGAAAACUGGUACACUUUUCAAAAAUCUGGAAUUCGUCGAGUGCGAUGCUGGAAAAAUGCCAGUUAACUGGACGGGUUCAUUUGAUUUGGUGCUUAUUUUUUAUGCCUGUCGUGACCAGUGUAGACCGGAUUUGACACUCGCCAACUCUGGAUUCGAAGUUCUUCUAAACGGAAUGGUUGGUUAUCUGAUCGAACCGAUGAACCAGCUUAUCAACUGUUUCAAAAAAGAUGGACCCCAUGGACUUGAAUACUCUCAAUUCACCAAAUUCCAAGAAUUCAUGGCCGGCACUAAUCAAUCUGGAAAAAAGGAACACAUAGUGACUGAUAUGAUAAAAGCAAUUGAGAACGGUAUAAUCGAAAAGCUUGGAUCCGGAGAAGCACGAGUUCUGGAUGUAGGCUGUGGGAACGGAUUUCACUUAUCGUUGCUCGCAGAGCACUAUCCGAAAACUGAUUUCAUUGGACUAGAUAUUAGUAGUGACGCUAUAAAGCAAGCAAAGGAGCGAAAAAUGACGUCAGGAGAAUGUUUCGAAAACUUGAAGUUCCUGGAAUGCGACGCUGCCAAGAUGCCAUAUGCAUGGACAGAUUCUUUUGAUUUAGUACUCAUGUUCGAUGCCUGUCACGAUCAAUGUAGACCUGACUUGUGCCUUCAUGAAGUUCUUCGAGUUCUGAAACCCGAUGGAACCUUAGCAAUGAUAGAGAUUCGAGGAACUAGCAACGUCUAUACGGACAAGACUACAUUAGGUGAUAUGGCGACAAUGAUGUAUGGAACAUCCUUGUUUCAUUGUCUUCCCGUCGGCAGUAAUGAUGCAAAUGCGCUCUGUUAUGGUGCGAUGUGGGGUGAAAAACGGGCUGUGGAGUUGCUGAACAAGUGUGGUUUUCAAGAAAUUCAAGUCGUGGAAACGCCAUACUUCCCGAUCAAUGUGAUGUAUUGUGCGAAAAAAAUUAUUCAAAUUGUUUGA